ACAUUCUCUUACUUUUCUACUGUUUGGAGCCAUGUAGCACUCAGUCACUCACGGAGAAGGCUGCUAAUUCCUAUCCUCGUCUUCGAUUCUUCGUUUAUAUAUAUGAUAUCACGGACGACCUCAAGAUCAUCACUCACGCUGGCCCUGCUGCUAAAUAAUAUAUUGAGAUAAUUCUGCAGCGGAGAUCGAUCGGAAAUGGCAUUGGAAAGAGAAAGACGAGCCACGUUGGUGGUGGCCUUGGCCAUGGCCCUGUGGAUUAGUGGCGCAAUGAGAGCAGAAGCUCAGUUCAAGGUUGGCUUCUACUCCCAGAGCUGUCCCCGAGCGGAGGCCAUCGUCAAAGAGGAGAUCGAGAAGGCCCUCGCCGACGACGAAGGCGUCGGCGCUGACCUCCUCAGGAUGCACUUCCAUGACUACUUCGUCAGAAUAUUGAUCGCACUACUUGUCGUAAUUAUCACCGUAACAGGAUUAAUUAAUCCGAUCGCACUUGUUUUGUAUGAUCAGGGCUGCGAUGGUUCGAUUUUGUUAGACUCCACCAACACGGCCGAGAAGGACGCGCAGAUCAACCUCACGCUCGAAGGGUUCGACAUUAUUGACGAUGUGAAGGAGAAGCUGGAAGCUGCCUGCAAGGGAGUUGUCUCCUGCGCCGACCUCCUUGCCUUCGCUGCCAGGGACGCCGUUGCUCAUUACGGAGGGAUUCACUACGAGGUGCCGUCCGGGAGAAGAGACGGAAGGAUCUCCGUUGCCUCCGACACCGACAUCCUCCCUUCGCCGGACUUCAAGCUCAGUAAGCUCACCGACUUGUUCGUCUCCAAGGGCUUGAGCCAGAGCGAGAUGAUCGUCCUCUCCGGAGCUCACACGGUGGGCAUUGCGCACUGCGACGCCUUCUCGAAGCGGCUGGACUCGGCGGACCCCAGGAUGGACGUGAAGUACGCUGCGGCGCUGAGGAAGCAGUGCCCGCCGGGGAGCAACAACACGGUCUCGAUGGACCCGCAUUCGCCGCACAAGUUCGACAACCAUUACUACCGCCUCGUGCUGGACAGCCGCGGCCUCUUCACCUCCGACGACACCCUGCUGUCCGCGUGGAGCACGGCGGCGCAGGUGAAGUGGCUCGCCUGCGACUUCAAGGGUUUCCAGCGGGAGUUCGAGGCCGCCAUUGUCAAGAUGGGGGCCAUCGGCGUACUCACCGGCUACGGCGGCGAGGUCCGCACCAAUUGCCGAGUCGUCAACUGAGCAAUUAGCCAUCUACGCGCGUGAUUUCCCUUGUUUGCGUUCUCGAUCAAAUUGUAAUCUUGUUGUGUCGUUGUAUAUCGUGAUUCAAGAACAUCAAAUGUUCGCGUUAUAAAAAAAUUAUUGUUGACGAGUACAA